CGCUAAGAUGUUGUUCAUAUAUGUUUCAGUAGAAUAUCUUGAUUUACUAAAUUAAUGUUUUGAUGUGUCUAAUGUUGCUUGCAGUUAAUUAAAAUUUGUAUUAAUAAAAUUUGUAUUGUGAAUGAAAAUUAUUGAUAAAAGUUAAAAUAAUAUUUUAAAUUUAUUUUUCUAUCUUUUGACAUAAUAUGGUACGAGGUGGUCGAGGUGGAAUGAUUAGAGGAGGUCGUGGUGGUAUGGGACGUGGAAUGGGAUUUCCUAGAAAACAAUUCCUUCCACGUCAUCCAUUUGACUAUACUUUAUGCGAAGCUGCAUUUCCGCGUGUUAAAUCAGCGCCAGAUGAGUCAGAUUUUCAAAUGGCACUUUUAAAAAAGAAUACAGACAUGUGUCCUACACCAAAGGAACAAACUUCUAUUUUAAAUUUAGUAACUAAAUUACAGAGUGUACUUGACAAUUUAAUAGUUGCUCCAGGCAGUUUUGAAGCUUGUCAAUUAGAAGAAGUGAGACAAGUAGGUAGCUUUAAAAAAGGAACUAUGAUCAAAGGCCAUAAUGUAGCUGAUAUUGUUGUGAUCCUCAAAACAUUACCUACUAAAACAGCUGUGGAAGCACUUGGUACAAAAGUUAAUAAUGAUUUAAAAACUGUUAAUCCCAAAGAAAUAUUUAGACUUACUCAUACAGAGCGUGGUUUUGAUAUUGCUAAUAAUGAAGCUACAGUACGUGUACUGAUUACCACUUUACAUCAGAAUUUAAGAAAAUUAGAAUCUGACCAGCAUUUAGAUGUAAAAAUAUGUCAAGGUCAUCUUGCUGCAAUUAGACAUUCCCGAUGGUUUGAAGAAAAUGCUCAUCAUUCCAGUAUAAAAGUUUUAAUAAGAUUACUUAGAGAUUUGAGAAGUAGAUUUGAAGGUUUAGAGCCAUUAUCUCCUUGGAUGUUAGAUUUAUUAGCACACAAUGCUAUAAUGAAUAAUCCCAGUAGACAAGCAUUGCCAAUAAAUCAAGCAUAUAAAAGAGUACUUCAAUUACUUGCUUCUGGACUCUUCCUUCCAGGAUCUGCUGGUAUUUCUGAUCCAUGCGAGGGUGGUAAUAUACGUGUACACACAGCCAUGACAUUAGAACAACAAGAUUUGGUAUGUCUCACAGCUCAAACAUUAUUACGUGUCUUGGGUCAUGGAGGCUAUAGACCAUUACUUGAGGGUACCAAUAAACUUGCUGUAGAAAUGAGUGUGUGGGCAGGUGGUGUUGUUGCUAGUCCUUUAGACAAGGUAUACGAACCUCCUACAGAACAAGAACAACAAGAAGAUAUGGAAGAAAGCAAUGAAGAAAUGAUAACAGAAAGUGCUUAACUUUUUUUAUUUAACAUAAUUAUGUUUUCAUUCAUAGUCCUAUGAAAUGUCGAGAAUUUUGUACUAUUUUCUAUAAUUUUAUUGAUAAUCUUGAGUAUCUGAUACAAAAAUUGAUGUAUUUAGUAUUAUACACAAAUUUCAAAAAUGUAUGAUUUUUUAUUAGCAAUAAUAUAUUAACUAAUGUCAAUGUUUUUACAUAAUGAUAUUAUGUGUGAAUUUGUACGUAAUAUCUCGAAUAAAGUCUGAAUUAUAUGUAUAUAUUAGUGGUAAAAUAUAUA